CAAACAAAGCAUGCAUGACGUAGGCUCUCUGCGACGACAAACCAGAAAACAAUGAUGGCGGUACCCCAGCCAAAGCAGGCAAAAGAGGACGAAGACUGCUCUCUUCUGCCUUUGGUUCACGACAUUAUCAAGUGCAUGGACAAAGAGAGCCAGGACGUGCACCAGGAGCUUAGCAAGCUGAAAGCCAAGAUCCAAGAAGCCCGGGAGCAGAUCUCCACCAUGCCCGGAAUCGAAAGCAGCCCAGUGGAGCAGCAGCAGCAGCUGGCGACGCUGCGGGAGCAGGUCCGCACCAAGAACCAGUUGCUGCAGAAAUACAAGAGCCUGUGUAUGUUCGAUGUACCCAAAGCAUCAUGAAGACAGAAAUAGAGGACUAAUCUGACUGGAAAAAUAACAGACAUGCGAGUGGCCCGGGACACUUGGUUUGCAUUAUGAGCUAAAGGCUAACGGCUAAAGUGGCCAACGAGACAUUUUUUUUCCACGAUGGAGGAUGACAAAUGGACUGUAAUAAAGCCCGACUACGGGUUUUUGCCAGGUAAAUUUCAACGACCUGUGUAAUUUUGUAUAUACUGUUUAGCAUUUACAUUUCAGUAGCAUAUUUUGCAAUAAAAUCAUGUUA